GCGCAGAGUCAGCUUUGUGCCGGCAGCCGCGGCAAGACGGCCGGAAAGCCAUGGAAGAGUUAAUAGUUGAGCUGCGCCUGUUUCUUGAACUUCUAGACCAUGAAUAUCUUACUUCCACUGUCAGGGAGAAGAAGGCAGUAAUAACUAACAUUCUUCUGAGGAUACAGUCAUCAAAAGGUUUUGAAAUAAAAGAACAUGUACAGAAGCAAGAAGUUGCCAACAGUUUGCCGGCACCUCCUCAAAUGCCUCUGCCAGAAAUACCUCAGCAGUGGCUGCCACCAGAUAAUGGGCCUCCACCUUUACCAACAUCUUCCCUUCCUGAAGGCUAUUAUGAAGAGGCAGUGCCACUUAGUCCUGGAAAGGCUCCCGAGUACAUCACUUCCCAUUAUGACUCAGAUGCUAUGAGCAGCUCUUACGAAUCCUACGAUGAAGAGGAGGAGGAUGGAAAGGGGAAGAAAAUGAGGCAUCAGUGGCCUUCUGAGGAGGCCUCUAUGGAUCUGGUGAAGGAUGCCAAAAUCUGUGCCUUCCUCCUUAGAAAGAAACGAUUUGGGCAAUGGACCAAACUACUGUGUGUUAUCAAAGAAAACAAGCUACUGUGCUACAAAAGUUCCAAGGACCAGCAGCCCCAGAUGGAGCUGCUCCUGAAUGACUGCAGUAUCACAUACAUUCCCAAAGACAGCAAAAAGAAGAAGCAUGAGCUGAAAAUCUCUCACCAAGGAGCAGAUGCCCUGGUUCUGGCGGUACAGAGCAAAGAGCAGGCAGAACAGUGGCUAAAGGUUAUAAAAGAUGUGUGCAGCAACUUUACAGGAGCAGCAGAUUCUGAUGGGCCCUUGUCAAGUUCUCCAGUGCAUAAGACAGAGCUGGAAAAGAAGUUGUCAUCUGAGAGGCCAAGCUCAGAUGGGGAGGGUACUGUGGAAAAUGGCAUCACCACUGUGUGCAAUGGGAAAGAGCAAGUGAAGAGGAAAAAAAGUUCAAAGUCAGAAGCGAAGGGCACUGUGACUAAAGUAACAGGGAAAAAAAUAACAAAGAUCAUUGGAUUAGGAAAGAAAAAGCCAUCAACAGAUGAACAGACCUCAUCAGCUGAAGAAGAUGUUCCAACAUGUGGGUAUCUAAAUGUGCUCUCAAAUAACCGUUGGCGUGAGCGCUGGUGCAGAGUGAAGGAUAAUAAACUCAUUUUCCACAAGGACAGGACAGAUCUCAAGACACACAUUGUUUCUAUCCCUCUCCGUGGCUGUGAAGUUAUCCCAGGACUGGAUUCGAAGCAUCCUCUGACCUUCCGCCUGCUCCGAAACAGGCAGGAGGUUGCUGUGCUCGAGGCAUCCUCCUCUGAAGACAUGGGCAGAUGGAUAGGAAUUUUGCUGGCGGAAACAGGGUCUUCGACAGACCCUGGAGCUCUACACUAUGACUACAUCGACGUGGAAAUGACGGCAAGCGUCAUCCAGGCUGCCAAACAGACCUUCUGUUUUAUGAACAGACGAGUUAUAUCUACCAGUCCAUACCGGGGAAGCGCUGCCAAUGGCUACGCCUGUCCGAGUGGAAUGGCACUUCAUUACGAUGAUGUUCCCUGCAUCAAUGGAUCGUGGGAACCAGAAGAUGGCUUUCCUUCUUCUCGUAGCAGGAACACUGGAGAAGAAAUGCUUUAUGAUAACGCAGGCCUGUACGAUAACUUGCCGUCUCCAAAAAUCUUUGCGCGCUAUCCGCCAGCUGACAGACAACCCAAUAGGUCUUCUACUGACAAACUCUCCUCUAACCAUUACAAAUACCCUGUCUCAUCCAAUCUGUCUUCUGCUCAGUCUGUCACUAAUACCUCUGCUGUGGGGAGGGGAUCUGGCUCACAGUUUAAAGGCAAGAAGCCUCCUGCGACUGCUAAUGGGCUCACUGGAAAAGGGAGAACUUUAAAUAGCCAGCCCAAGAAAACGGAAUCAGUGUCAUGUGUGAAGCGCACUGCGUCCAAUGCAGAGCAGUACAAAUAUGGCAAGAAUCGUGUGGAGGCAGAUGCAAAAAAGUUACAAAGCAAAGAGGAGGAGCUGCUAAAGAGGAAGGAAGCUCUCAGGAACAGGCUGGCGCAGCUCCGAAAAGAAAGAAAAGAUCUUCGUGCUGCCAUUGAAGUCAAUGCUGGCAGGAAGACACAAGUGAUUCUGGAAGACAAAUUAAAGAAGUUGGAAGAGGAGUGUAAGCAGAAAGAAGCUGAGCGUGUAAACCUGGAGCUAGAACUAACAGAAGUGAAGGAGAGCCUAAAGAAAGCCUUGGCUGGUGGCAUCACACUGGGCUUGGCUAUUGAGCCCAAGUCAGGAACGUCAAGCCCACAGUCUCCAAUUUUCAAGCACCGAACUUUGGAAAACUCUCCAAUCUCCAGUUGUGAUACCAGUGACACUGAAUGCUCGAUACCUGUGAACAGUGCAGCAGCUCUGAAGAGACCUCCCUCGUCAAAUAAUUCUCCAUGCCGAGGCCAUGUCCUUCGAAAAGCAAAGGAAUGGGAGAUGAAAAACGGAACAUAAAUAAUCCACUUGCUUUCCAUAAAGGCCUUACCUAUUAUGGACCAAGACAUGGGCUGCAAAAGACUCAUCUGAAAGGUGGUAUCAAACGGUACAACAUAAGAGGUUUUGUAAUUCUGUUAAGUUAAUGCUAGCUUGGCGCUAAUUCGCCUGUACUCCCUCUACUGUAUUGCUGUGUAACUACAUGUGCCCCUUUUUAUUAGCUGUAACUCUUUAUUUCCAACUUCAAUGGCAAAGAAAAUGAAAACCAAAAAAAACCAAACCAACCCCAGGAUGUAAAAAAGGAGCAUAAAGUCGCGGUUGAAAGUUCACUUUGCUGAAGCAGCACGGCCCAGCAAUGUCAUUUAUAUUGCACAGAUGGGCUGAAUACCACUGAAGGCUGGUGUGGUAAGACUGAUGUGAAAUCGUUAUGGAUAAGAAGUACAGGUAAAACUGACUGAGUGAGCUCUGCCCCAGAGGUGGCUGAGUGAAGUCGUGCUCGUUAGCUGUUGCUUUGCUCAUAGCUGUUCACAUGGCAAAAGAAAACUGAAGAAAUGUAUUCACAGAAAUGGCACAACUUGUUCCAGCUGGGAAGGCAGGAGCUCUUCAGUGCCUCUGUCCUCUACACUGGUGCGAGACUGCGGGAUAACACGACUCAGCUGUGAAGCAUUUUUUUUUAAUGUUUUAGACAGAUGGUUUUAUCAUUCGGGGGAUAAAAAGCUGACAUCCUUUGGGAAAAAAAAAAACAACUAAACACAUUUUAGUGCAUUCUCUUUAUUAUUAUUAUUAUUCCAACGCUCCAGUCAUUUUCAAAGGUCAUGUUGUCAAUGUGUGAUUUGUCCCUGAUUUUUUUAUAAAAGGGAAACAGGUAUUUUUAGGUACUGCUUCUUUUCUAUACGUUUUGAAAAAGAAAACAUAAUUGAAAUUAGUCCUCAACAGAUAAUGGCAACUCAGAAUAGCUUACACAGUCAGUCUUGUUUUGUUUUUUAUAAUAUAGUAUUGUUAAACUUGAGUUAUAGAACACUGCUGUACUUGGUUUCCUUUGUCUUUUCAGACCUCAGCUAUUAUUUUUGGGGAAGAUGGACUGAAAAUAUUAUAAUUUCCAGCAUCUUUUAUAAACAGUUUUACAAAUAAUUGGGGAUUUUGUCAGACAUGAGUCUAUUUCUGUUUACUAGGAAAGAGUGUCUUGCAUUUUAUUGUGUAAAAUUAUAGAAAUCUGUUCUGGUCUCCAUCUAUGUCACUCCUCCUAACUUACAUGCAGUAAAUAGCCAACUAAAGUCCUUCAAAAUCUCAAGAUUGGCUUUAAAAUCAGGAGAGAGUGAGAAGGGAAAAAAACAUAUGAGUUGAGUUUGUUCCAUUUUUUUCCCUAAUUUUUUUUUUUUUUAAGCCUUUGGAGAGCCUUCAAUCACAUUAUCAAGAUUUUUUUCCUCUUCAACUGUGAGGACUAGAAAAUUACUUUAAUUAAAAAAAUUAAAAUACUACUCAAAUGUCAAGAAAAUCACAGAUGUUAGGACUGGAGUCUUGAUAAUUAGUUAAGACUUGCAAUUAAAAGCACAGAAGUUGGCAAGACAGCAGUUACCAAGGGUCAGCAUUGAUAGUUUGAGGACCAGCCUGUAAUUUGUCUCUUACCUUUAAGAACAGGUGUAACUCCUGAAGGAUACACUGGGAUUCCCAGCUGAGCUGGAUGCCAGAGGACUUCCCUCAGGAGCUGGUGGGAUUUGAAGGUACAGAUCUAUCAUAAAGACCUGGUAGCUACUAGGACACAGGGCUGUGUCCUGUUUCCAAAUGCAGUUUGUGCCAGAGAUCCCACUGACAUUCACAGAAUAGAAAUGGGGCCCCACAUGAGCAAAGGAUCUUUGUUUCCUGGGACUACACUUUGUACAAAGUGCUGCAGGAAUGCAGGUGCAGUAGAGAAGCAAGUGUCAGCAUGGUUUUCACUGAAAACAGGAUUUUCUAUUAUUAUUUUAGGUCGUCUGCUUACUUAGUAACUCUAAAAAUGGAGGGCACGUUCUAUGCUGUAAGACCGUGGAAUAAACAGUAUCAAGUUCCCAUAAAUAUUAGCAGAAACAAAUUUGAAGCAAAAGUAAGUUCAUUUAGGCUUUUAUUUCAAAUUAAGUUAUUUAUUUGUAUAUUUCAAUAAAUAUUUAAUUUAUAUCUGUACAUAUUUAUGAUGCAAAUUAGGCUUCUAGUCAACAUUUGCAAUGAUAUAACAGUUGCCAUGAAGAAGUAAUGCAGAGUAGUCAAAAGCCAAAUCACUCGGUUUGUUUACCCAAUAUUGGCAUCGUAUCUUUCACCCCCGAUAUCUCAUGGAAAAUAAAAUAAAAUCCUUGGCCAGGAGAGGUUUUAAUCCAUGCCUGAGACAGAAAUGUGUAAAUUUCUGUCCAAGGAGCCGGAAAUGACAUGGUGCUGGGGCUGUGCACACAACCGCGGUGCCGCAGCCGCCGGUCGCCCUCAGCACCUCUGGCAACAUGAAGCAUCUUUCACACCUCCAGCAAAGGCUCCACGAAGCCACCACUGCCUCCAAGCCAGCACGAACUGCAGUUGUAGAAGUACAUUGGUACCAUUGCACUUUGCAUUAGUCUAUAUAAAGGCCAAGGUUUUGAAAGCUGAGGCAAACAAAAAGCUUUGGGAAACAACCUCUCCAUAGACAACAUUCAGUGCUGGGAAAUACAUUCUGUUCUGUCGAAUAGUACUGUUGCUGUACAACUUUUUAUAAAAAGCAACAGAGCUUCCUUUUCACCAUUUUCAGCUUUCAGGAUCGCCAGGCAAAGUCAGCAAUAGAGCAGCAUGACUUUUGUUUUAAAGGAAAACUCUUGUAUUUUAAACCAUUGCAUUUCUAUGUCUUUUAAGAAAAUGUAACACUUGUGCUUCCUCAACAACCUCCUGUUACUCCAGGUGCUUUUUUUUUUAAUUAUUUUUUUAAAUGUGUGAUACUUUAAAAAAAAAAAACAAACAACACAUCAUAACUUUGGGGAUCAAAGGUGUUUUUUUAAUGACAUGAUUGUGGUAAUUUGAUUUUUCAAGUGGAGAAUACUUAAUUUAGUAUCAAUUUUUGUUAAAAGACACUUUCAAAUUAAUUGGCCCAGGCUGUAUGUUGUAAGAUAAUGUUCUCAUAUUAAGAAUGUAAUUAUUUCCUUAUUGUAUUUUUUAAAAAAACAAAAUCAUAUUUAAAAAUCUCUGUGGAAAAAAAAAAAAAAACAUGAAAGAAACAUGAAAAAAGUUUUUGUUUUAUUUUUGUUAUCGGAUAUGUUGGCAGUGCCCAUUAUAAUUGACUGUAAAUAUAGUCUUUCUACUGGUUUUCUCAAUGUAUUUAAGUUUUGUGACACACAUUCAUGGAUACUUCUGUUAAAAAAAAAAAUAAAAAAAUUAAAAACUAACAAAAAACACAAAAAAAUCCUCCAAAAUAGACCCACUUAGAAAUGUGUGUCUUAGUAGCUUCAACUACCUUUAUGCCUUUCUAGUUUAUUCUUCAGAAAGUCUUGCAGAGUGUGAAAAAAGACUGGCACCUGGUAGGUGUGACAGAUGCAAAAUCAUUAUUAAUAAAGUUAC